AUGGCCGCUACCCUUAUCCCCACAAGGAUCUUCUGUCUAAGAGAAGAGUGUAGUGCCCUGAUCCAAAAGAAGCUUCCUCCAAAGUUAAAAGACCCAGGGAGUUUCAGCAUUCCUAUUGCCAUUGGAGAUGUGGAAGUAGGGAAGGCACUUUGUGAUUUGGGGGCUAGCAUAAAUAUUAUGCCAUUGUCUGUAUGUAGAGCUUUGGGAAUCAAUAAAUUGAAGGAUACCAAUCUUAUUCUGCAUCUAGCAUAUAGAUACAUCAAAACACCAGAAGGUGUGGUAGAAGAUGUUCUGGUCAAGGUGGAUAAGUUCAUUUUUCCUGUGGUUUUUGUGAUUCUUGAUAUGGAAGAAGAAGAUACUGAAAGCCCUCUACUUCUAGGGAGGCUAUUCUUAGCAACUGCUAGAUCCCUGAUUGAUGUUGAAUAA